AUGGCAGAUGUGACCGUGAUUUCUUCAAGUAUUAUCCAACCCGGUAACAUCGAUCAAUCAGGUCAGGCAAAGAUCCAUCUAACUCCAUCUGAUCUUAGCAUUCUCUAUCUUGAUUAUACUCAAAGAGGUCUUCUCUUCCCCAAACCCGACCCGGAAACCCGUUUCAUCUCUCGGUUAAAGUCCUCUCUUUCAACUGCUCUAGAGAUCUACUUCCCAUUCGCUGGUCGACUUGUGAAAGUGAACAACCACGAAGACAAUACGGUGUCGUUUUACAUCGACUGCGACGAUAUCUUAGGUGCCAAAUUUGUCCACGCCAUAGCCGAAUCUGUCUCGGUAAGCGAUUUUCUUCAACCUAGUGGCUCUGUUCCUGAAUGUUUUAGGCUUUUCUUCCCCGCGAACGGUCUCAGAAACAUCGAUGGCCUCCCGGAGCCCUUGCUUGAUAUACAAGUCACUGAGAUGAAAGACGGAGUCUUCAUUAGUUUUGGCUACAACCACUUGGUCGCUGAUGGUGCUUCCAUGUGGAAAUUCAUACAAGAUUGGUCAAAGAUUUGCUUGAAUGGUCAACGGGAAAAACUUGAUCAGCCUCUUGUCCUCAAAGGAUGGUUCCUCGACAGGAUCGAUUUCCCGAUCCAUAUUCCGGUUUCGGAGAUAGAAACAGAGAAGGCGACAAGAGGUGAAAGAUCGACGAAAGAGAGAGUUUUUCAUUUCACAAAGAGGAACAUUUCAGAUCUCAAAGCUAAAGUCAACGUCGAAAUUGGCAAAAGUGACCUGAAAAUCUCAUCUCUUCAAGCGGUUUUGGGACAUCUAUGGCAAACAAUCGCUAGACACGGUGGUUUAAACCGAGAAGAAGAGAUGCGUUGCAUGCUAGCAGCGGAUUUUAGGCAGAGGUUAAACCCUCCGCUCGAGAAAGAGUGUUUCGGAAAUCUGGUCUAUACCGUGAUGGCUACAGCCACUGUGGGAGAGCUGCAAGAUCGUGGCCUAGGGUCGGCUGUUUUGCGAGUAAGUAAAAUGUUGAGAUCGUUGACGAAUGAAAAUUAUCGAACUUAUGCAGAGGAUUGGGUUAGAAAUUGUAAGAUCCCAAGAAUUGAUGUUCGAAGUAAAAUGGGUGAUAAUUCUUUGAUUGUCUCAAGCUCUCCUUGGUUCGAAGUGUAUGAUAAUGAUUUCGGUUGGGGUAAACCGAUUGCUGUUCGAGCUGGACCAGCAAAUGGUAUUGGUGGCAAACUUGUAGUUUUUCGAGGGAUCGAUGAAGGAAGUAUCGAUGUUCAUGCGAUAUUGACCUUAUCGCUAUGGUCCGAUGUAUUAGUGAACUUAUUGGAUGAUGUUGAAUCUAUGGAAAAUGUAACAACUACAUGA